AUGUCAUUCCACCGAUCCUGUGAAGACAUCCACAUCCGCCAGGAGGACGGCGCCACCAUGCUCCUGGCCAGGGUCCGCGAUAGUCACGGCCAGCUGAUCCCUCGCAAGAUCCGUCUCGAUGAUCAUAUCGGCAAUACAGAUGGAUGGUUCAUCUGGGGAGGCUGCAACUUCACCCGGACGGCGAGAAAUAUCUCCCUACAACAUACCGAGUUUGGACCUAAACUGUGCGCGGAGCUGGAGAUGAAUGGUGGUGGGACCAGAGGGCUUCAGGGGAUCAUGCUUUCGGAGAAGAUUGGCAAUAAUGAUGGGCAUUUGAAGUUCCUGGGUGCUUGA